AUGUCUGUUUUCUUCAAAGAGAUUCUACCUGGCAACCCUGUCCAAGCAGGCGACGUCGAGGCGCUACUUGACCCCCUCAACCUCACCAUCCGCCCGGAAGAGUCAUCAGAAUACCAACUCCUCCUCGCAGCAGUCCACGACUGCGCAGAACGUGUCUCCAAUCUUCCCGAUUAUCAACCCGUCCCAGAUAUCGAAAGGUUUCCCCGUCGCAAUAUCCAUCUUCCCGAAGAACACGAGCAAAGCUAUGGUCAUGCAUGGGCGCAUCGUUUCAUCAUCGAAGGCGACAAGUGUUCACGUUCAGCACUGAGUGGAAAGUCCGUUUGUUUGAAAGACUGUAUCGCUGUGGCUGGUGUGCCGCAGUUCUUCGGAAGCGAUGCCUUCCCCGCUUGGACGCCAUCGACUGAUGCUACUGUUGUCACGAGAGUUCUUGAAGCUGGAGCCGUAAUCACGGGGACAGCCACUUGUGAAAACUUCUGCAACUCGACAUCUUCCUUCACAAGCGCUCAGGGUACAAUCGACAACCCACGCAAAGCGGGCUAUUCUGCUGGUGGCAGUACGUCUGGGGGUGCAGCUCUUGUCACAGGUGGUUUAUCCGAUAUUGCUAUCGGUACAGAUCAAGGCGGCAGCAUCCGUGUGCCAGCCUCACUAUGCGGUUGUGUAGGCUUCAAGCCAACGCAUGGGCUUGUCCCGUACACAGGCAUCACCAGUGGUGAUCAGAUCGAUGAUCAUGCUGGACCGCUCGCCAGGACAGUCGACGAGGUUGCUGCUUGCUUGGACGCCAUUGCGGGCUACGAUGGGAUAGACGACCGAUCACUUGGGGUAGCAUCGCCUGGAACCUUUGACUUCUUGGACUCUCUGUCUGGCGCGUCGGUCAAGGACCUCCGAAUCGGCGUUCUGAAGGAAGGAUACGAUAACGACUUGGUGCAACCAGGUGUCAAACAAACCUUUUUCGACACGAUAAACCGACUCAAAGCUCUCGGCGCUAGUGUCGACGAAGUCUCGAUUCCCCUCCACAAAGAAGGGCCAUCGAUAUGGACCAUCCAGCAGCGCAUAUCCGGCUCAGCAGGCAUCCUGGGCCAAGCCAAUGGUCGUCGAGGUCUCUACCUGACUGAGUUCGAGCAAGCGCGUCUCCCAUGGACAUCUUCCCAAUUCGAGAAACUCUUCCCUUCCACCAAGAACACUGUCAUCAAUGGCAUCUAUCUUUCACGCAAUUUUCCGGGUCUUUAUGCGAAGACUGUCAACAUCGGUCGACAAAUCCGGGACGCGUAUGAGCAGAAGUUCAGAGAGUACGACGUCAUCAUCAUGCCAACGACGCCAUUCGUCGCACCGCGUCACGGCUCACGAGAGUCGGUGCUCAAAUCAUUCGAACCCAGUAUCGGCAUGACAAACAACACUGCCAUCUUCAACGUGACCGGUCAUCCAGCCUUGUCCCUCCCGGUUGGUUGGUCAAAGGCUGUUGAUGAUGAAAGUGUUUUAUUGCCGGUUGGACUGCAGAUUGUUGGUGGCCUGUGGCAAGAGAAGAAGGUUCUCAACGUUGCGAAGGCGCUAGAGAGUAGUUUUGAUUGGGAGCGUGAGGGGAAGUCUGUUGUUGAAGAGACGGAGGAUGUUUUGAAUGAAGCGCUACUCCAAGCCUGCCCCACUCACGACUCCAUGAUAAACGAUGUGGGUUACAAUGGGGCUGGAGUCAAUCUACGCAUGUGCCCACAUUGCGGGCGUACCUUCAAACGGACGGAGCAUCUUGAGAGGCACGUCAGAACACAUACCAAGGAGAAACCCUUUGUGUGCCAUUGCGGGGCGUCAUUUGCGAGACGCGAUUUGCUCACGCGUCAUCAAAGGCUAGCCGAGCAUGAGGGCGACGUACCAUCGCCAGAACCUGCGCAAGGGCAAGGGCAUGUAGCUGUUGUACAGCAGAGGAAUGACAGCAUCGGUGACCCAGAUUUGGCUGCGGCAGUGUCACUCUCUGGAUUGAGCGUUGAUCCAUGGUUUUGUACGAGAACGCAACAGCCGAUGCAAAUUCCCGUCGCUGUUCCCCAAACUGUUGAGGAACAAGUCCAGGCUCAACAUCAACCAGGUCAGGGUGAUGACCAAUUUGUACCCAACUUUCUCUCUCCACAGAUGCUUGACAGUGGCGUCGACUUUGAUACUCACUUCCGCGAAUUCACCAGCUUCCUUGACGGUGUCGGUCUCUCUGCGGAGUGGAGUCCCUUCUUUGGCGACCCUGAGAGGCACGAAGAUCCUGUCGAUCCUGGGCUUACACAAGACGAAAACGAAGACACAUCCCCUCGACAGGGAGCGCCGACCAGAGCUGGGACGCCUUUCAGCUCAUGGUUACCGUCUGCGCCUACAGGUAAUCGAAUAUCCAACUAUGUCUCUGAUACGGACAACCCGAGGGCAGUUGACCCUGAAACACGACCAUUCAAAGUCACCGAAGAGCAAAGAUCAAAACUCAAAGCAUCCAUCACAGACUAUUCCCAUCUCCUUGACCCAGCGUUUUGUGUCCCGUCGAGACACGCCCUCACCCGAUAUGUGACCUCUUUCUUCGGUGGCUUUCAUACUCAUAUGCCUUUUAUCCACAUACCGACAUGGCAGAUCAACGACCAUUCACCUGAACUCGUAUUUGGUAUCGCUGCCAUCGGAGCGCAGUACUGCUUCGAGUCGAGAGCCUCGGAGAGGUUAUUCUUCGCUGGAAAAGCUCUGUUGAUGGAGAGACUAAGAAGGGACGCAGACUCAUUUGGUGUGUCCUCAGUCCCUAUACCGCAUGUUGUUCCGCGGAGUGGUCGGCGUAGUGAUGCGGAGAACGAUUCGGCAGUCGAGACUAUCAGGGCCCUGAUCACACUCAUGGGUUUCGCUACCUGGGAACCGAAAGCAUCCAUGGUACAAGAGUCAUUCGCCUUGCAGAGUAUUCUCACUCAAGUCUUACGGAAUUCAGGCCUCGAGGACGUCGACGAGCCUGCAUCGCCAACACCAUCAGAUCAACCAAGCGACGGCAACUCACUCUGGCACGAAUGGAAGACAUGGAUCAGGCAAGAGUCAAACAGGCGCUCGAAACUCAUCGGCUUCUCAUUCCUUCAUACUCAUAGCAUCGCAUACAAUGUUUACCCAACUCUUCGCAGUAACGAGAUCGGCCUUCGGUUGCCUUGCUCUACGAAGGAGUGGAAGGCUCCGACUCCAAUCUUAUGGCGCGCCGCUGCAAAAGAAGUGCAAGAACCACAGCUGUUCUUUCGAGAGGCAUUGUCGCUGUUACUCAAGAACAAGAAUGACUCUGCUCCACUAUUGCCGAUUCCUACGCCAUUAGGCAACUAUGUCCUAUUGCAUGGACUUCUUCAGAGAAUCCACAUCGUGCGAGACCUCAGCCUUCCGAUAACCAGUAACUCCGCUGUUCUCCCGAGUGAAGAGGUUGAGAAACUCGAACGAGGGCUGCGGUCAUGGACGUCGUGCUGGCAACAAGCUCCAGAGUCAACUCUCGACCCGAACAACGAGAACGGACCUAUCCCUUUCACAUCGAGCUCCCUCUUAUCACUGGCCUACGUGCGUAUAUAUCUACACCUUGGCCCGUACAGACAGCUCGAAACGCGGGACCCUCAGCGUAUUGCCAACGCAAUCGCAAAUAGCCCUGACAUCGAGAGAAGCGAUGGUGUGAUUGCUGCACUCCUCUAUUCAGCGCAUAUGAUCGGCAUUCCCGUACGUCUGGGCGUUGAUCGAGUUGCAAGAAGUCAGGCCUUCUUCUGGAGUGUAAGACACUCGCUUUCGGGUCUUGACUGCGCCGUGUUGUUGAGUAAGUGGCUAUCGAAACUUGGGGAAACACUUGCCGAGAAUCCACUGAGUGACAGCGAAGACAGGAUCUUGCACUGGGUGAGAUGCAUCGUUGAAGAGGCAUACACCGUUGUCGAUUUCGAUCAAGGCAUUGACACGGAUAAUCCAAGUCUUCUGGACUUUCGAGAUCCCAGUAACUUGUGCCUGGCAGUUCUCAAGAUUUGGGCACAUUUCUUCAAGAGUAAUACACAAUGGCCUUUCAUAAACAUAAUUGGAGUUGGGCUGGAAAAGUACAGGGAAAUACUUAUUCACAAGAAUAUCGGCUGA